GCUAUGCAGCUGGCUGAUAAUUGGGAUCUGGUGCCGUCCCUACUUACAUCUGAUCGCACGUCGCCCGCGGCAAAACGGUUGGCGGUACAACUGUUGUUCGGAUCGUACGUGCUCUAUCCUCGCAUCUCUGGGACGAGCGUGGGCCGUGAUUUCUUGUAAGUGGUGGAAAUGAAAAAUUUUCAUUCACGAAAUUGGAAGUGCAAAUGAAGCCCGCAAUCACUGCCCACUGCGUUGACGGAACAUAUCUUGUCCAUCGACCGCCAAAUGCUCGAACCGAUGGCAGUCGCUGGUCAAGGCUAUCAGUCCCUUGUCGAGCAAGAGCGCCUCGUACAUGCCAUGGUUCUUACUUUACUCGCCGUUACGAGCAUGUCCUUGCGAACAGAUACUGAAACGCACUCCGUAACACCUUUCCGCCCUCAAACCAACAGCGCGAUUAUCUGCUUACUGAACUUCGUCAUGGACAAGGAUGAGUUCACACUCCCUACAAUUUUCUGUCCCUUGGAAGAGUUGAAUGCCGCCUCAAGCAUGCUCGUCCGUUUUGGGGCGGUUCCUUUAUGGUGCUUAGGUGUUUGGGAAGAAUGCCAAAGUCCUCGCGCAGACAUAUUCAUUCAUCUCGCGACGACUUAUCUACGCCAUCAUGUGGAGGAGUCAAACGUAUUUGGAACCAUUUUGUCCAGCCAGGGUAGCGGGUCCCACAGCCAUUACCAACAUGCUGUGAUGACAGUUCUGGUGGAACUACUCACAAGGUGUACUAUCAUGCUUUCUGCAAGCUCGUCUCCUGCGGGUUCACUACCGCUAGUGAUGGAUGUUCUUCGUGAAACAUGUCUCCUCGCGAGACAAUCCAUCGUCACUGGCAACUGUGGUGCACAUCAUUCAAUUGGUUACUGCAAGGCCCUAUUGGUCCUUGCUUUACAGUUGUGUCGAAUGGAACAAGGCAGUGUAGUCAAUAAUCUCGUUAUUCAGAGCCUGUCCUUUAUGCAUGCUUCUUGCGUUUGCGAGGUGUGGAAACUCAUUCGCGGCGACUCCAGUAUACCUUUCCAGACUAUCAUCGAUGAAGCUAAUGCGGCAGUGGGUGUAUCUCUGACCCAGAUACCCGUUGAGCAAAACCGACUGCUUCAGGUGCAACAGCUGAUGCAGUUUCUUUCGAUCAUCAUCUCAAAAGAUGUCGAUGCUCUCGACGACCAAUCCUCCGUUCGUGUUGCCGAGAGUGUCGGCAAGUUCUUACUCGACACCUCGUCAGGGGAGACGACGCUCCUUCAUGAAACGUUUUUGACCUUUGCAACAAUCAUCCGUCAACGCUGUCCCGGCUACAACAACAGCCAAUCGUCUCAAGUCUUGGACGUGGAGAUGAUGAGGCACAUAAGUUCAGAGACAAGAAGUCUGGUCGUUGCUUCGGCGGUCUCCGCCUAUAUCAUGUCUGCACCAUUACUUGAGCCGUGCUGGUACCUGGGCACAUGGGAGUACCUAUCCGACACCUUGAUGCUGAUGAAAGCACAUCCCUACCAAUCCGAGGAUGAACCAUUGGCUCUCGCUGUCGGUCCUACGAUAUGUGAUGCCCUUUUAUUUCUGGUGAAUCAUAUUGAUAAUGAUACUAAAAGUUAUGUAAGAGCAAGCCCGAAGACCGUAACGUUGUGCGAGACACUAGAGCACUUGGCAACCUCUGAGUCCGGCGAACUAUCGAGACAUAGAAUGUCACAAAGUGCGAACACCCUACUGACACUCCUCAGCAACGUGGAACUGCAAGAAACACAUGACCCAGCGGUGAAGACGCAAUCGAAUUUAAACUACCAAGCAGUUCUUUGUGAAUAUCGGGAUGCCAUGCGGUUGAUCCUCGUUCUCAGAACUGCGAGCGAACAGUCGUCCCUUUCUGCAACCAGACCGUGACUCAAAAAUGAGAUAUACAAGGGCUUGUUAUAACCAGUCAAUGAUUGCAUGGAGGUGCAUGAUGUCAAAGCCGUAUAGGUAGCUUGGGUAGACCUUGG